GCAGUCGCCGUGAAGGCAAUGAAAUUGACAAGCUCGUCCUUUAUUAUGCCACAUUGUCGACCACGACAGUCUGUCCAGUAUCCAUCCUUGCUUUGAAUGAAAGAGGACAUCGUCUGCGGAGGAGCUUUGCCGACUCAUACGAUUCCCUCACCGCCAUCGCAUUGCCCACCAUGGCCUCCUCCAUUGCAUCCUCGUCUCGCCUUCUGCUGAGUAGCGGCGCUGUUCGGCCACGGCGACUAUCCCCGCCUGCUCUUCGCAGUGCCGCCGCCUUCAUGCACUCAUCGUCCCCAAAUCACCGUGCUUCGGGUGGCCAGCAUGUGGGACGUUCUAGCGGCGCAGCUUCUUUGUCCUGGGACGAAUAUCUGAAGCUUCGCCGAUCGCGGCGCUUGGCAGGUAUGGUCACCACCAUUCCGACGACAGCAUUGGCAGCGGCGGGGUCCGGAGCAUUCUUCCUCACGCAGGAGCUCGAUCCGACGAAUGCCAUAGCCGGGAUCGACCCAGUCUACGUCUCCUUCGCUGCUGUGCUCGCAUUCACCGGCGUUGGCUGGCUCAUUGGUCCCACGCUAGGAUCGUCUCUGUGGACCAUGAUGCACUCGUCCAAGUUGCCGGCGAUCCGCGAAAAGGACGGCGAGUUUUACGAGCACAUCAAGCGUAAUCGUGUCGAUCCGUCAAGGCAGUCCGUUCAAAACCCGGUGCCGGACUUCUAUGGCGAGAAGGUCGGAUCGAUCAAGCAGUACCGGCAAUGGCUUCGCGACCAGGCAGCUUAUAGGCGCAAAGCAGCACACGGGCUCAAGGACGAAUUCUGAACCGUUGCACAGAGUCGAGUUAAGGGCAAAUAUCAUCUUUUGUUAUUGGCACUACACUUCACGACAUGAGAAGAAUGCAAAAUGUCUUGGUGUACAUCAUGAGUUUAUUUUCGGGGCCGAGAAC